GGCCAGGCCAUGAAGCAAUUGUCCUAGCAUGUCCAGUAAGUCCGCUCUCAAGGCGGUGCGCGCUGCGCUCGACGCCAAGGAUUUCGAGCUGGCCGCCGAGAAGGCCAAGGCCAUCGUCCUCCAGGACCCUCAGAUCUACCAUGCAAACGUCUUCCUUGGUCUCUCCUUGGACAAGCUCAACAAGAACGUCGAUGCUGAAAAGGCCUACCGUGCAGCAAUCCGUGUCAAGGACAACGACAAGACCGCCUGGCAGGGUCUCAUCAACCUAUACGAGAAGCAGGGAGCCCAGAAGCUCGAAUCCUAUCGCGAGGCAGUCAUCGGUCUGGGCCUGUUGUUCGCUGAAGCAGAUGACAAGCACCGCUGCCAAGACCUCGUCGACAAGUUCGUCGGUUUCGCGAAGAAGAACGGUUCCCGCCUGCAAUAUAAGAAAGCCCUCGAAUUACACCUGCCGUCAUGUCCGCUCUACAACUUCAUGGAAGGGAGAGUGCCCCAUCCCGCGCACACCUAUCUCCGCCUGAUCGAAAUGACCGAAGCGGAGGAGAAGGAAUUCAUCAACCGGGAAAUUGGAGAACGCCGGACCCGGCUGGGUGCAAAGAUUGAUCAGGUCACCCUGGAGGUCAAGAGGGAGGCUUUCAAGCGGAGCGAGCUGGAGCCUCUAUACCGUGGUAUUGUGGACUGGUCUCAUGACGACCAGGUCCGCCGCACCUAUGAGGAGAAGUUGCUGCGACGGGCAAACGACACCCUCUCCGUUCUCCCCGCGGAUGAAAAGGACGCCAAGCGCGCAGAAGUCUUGCAGGCUGCUCGUGAGAUGGUCAUCAUCAAGCAUCCGUUCGAGCUGGCGUGGAAGAUGGUCCUCGAGUGGCAGGAUAUCCAGGAGUUCUCGGAGUGGGAUCGCGUGUUUCUGGACGACUUCAUCGAAUUCUUCCCAGAGGAUGGUCUCUCCAAGCUCCUUAAGGGCUUCCUGGCCAGCGACCUAUCUCCGUUCCCGAAGGAGACCAAGAAAUCCAAGGAGGCUAAGGAUAAGGAAUUGGCAAAGGAUGACGAGGAAGUGGAGAACAGCAACGGCGAGAACAACGAACUCUCUGUUCCCGAUAAUCUGCUCCUGAUGGUGGAAGGUCUGGAAGCAUCCUCUGAUUCCAUCGUCGCACAUCGCAUCGUGAGCAAGCUUUACCUAUCGCUUGAAGAAUACGACAGCACCGUGGAUGUCUGUCGCAAGGGACUACGAAAUAUCCAAGACUUGGUUCGCAGAACUGGGAUUGAUUGCACAAACACCACCGAUUGCUUCAACAUAAUGCUUGCAAACUCGCUCAUCUACUACCAGUCUCCACGACACCACCCCGAGGCAAAGCGCAUCUUCGAAGAGAUUCUGACGAGGAAGCCAACGGCGACAAGCUGCCUGCUGGGUAUUGGUUUGAUCCUUAAAGUUGACGAAGAUUACCCGGAAGCUGUCAACUUCCUUCAGCGCGCACUGGAGCGAGACCCAUCGAAUAUCAAGGUUCGCGGGGAGCUCUCGUGGUGUCGAGCGCUCAAUGGCGACCUUGCGUCUGGUCUCGACGGGCUCCAGGAUGUGUUGGCGGAACUCCAGGAGGCGCGCACCGAGAACAAGGAAUUCAAGGCCGAUAUCCUGUACCGCGUGGGAUACUGCCAGUGGGAGAUCGACCCUUCACCGGCCGCGCGCAAGGACCGCAGUGGCGCCUACGCCAGCUUCCUCGCGUCCAUCCAGUCCAAUCUGAACUUCGCACCCCCGUAUACCAGCCUUGGGUUCUACUAUGCGGAUUACAAGAAAGACAAGACGCGGGCGCGCCGGUGUUUCCACAAGGCGUUCGAACUCUCCGCCUCGGAAAUCGAGGCCGCUGAAAGACUUGCUAAAGCAUUUGCCGACCAAAGGGAAUGGGAUCUCGUCGAGGCCGUGUCCCAGCGUGUUGUCGAUUCAGGAAAGGCUAAGCCCGCCCCCGGCUCGAAGCGCAAGGGCUAUAGCUGGCCCUACGCAGCUUUGGGCACAGUGCAAAUUAAUAAGCAGCAGUACCCGAAGAGUAUUGUCUCCUUCCAGGCGGCGCUGAGAAUCUCCCCGAAUGACUAUCAUUCGUGGGUUGGUUUGGGUGAGAGCUAUCACCAUUCCGGUCGAUUCAUCGCCGCUACCAAGGCAUUCGAGCACGCGCAGCAGUUGGAAAACACGCUCUCCAGCUCCGAUAAAGAGCAGAUCUGGUUCGCCAGAUACAUGCUGGCCAACGUCAAGCGGGAGCUUGGCGAGUUCGACGAUGCUAUUGCAAGAUACGAAGAUGUCUUGCAGGUCCGACCAAACGAAUUUGGAGUGGCCAUUGCGCUACUACAGACGCUUACGGAGAGUGCUUGGAAGAGUUUGGAAUUGGGACUUAUUAACGACUGCAUUGAGCUGGGACACAAAGCUAUCUUGGUGGCGAACUCACUCGCUCUUGAAAGAGUAGAUGUUUUUAACCUGUGGAAGGGCAUUGGAGACGCCUGCGCCCUCUUUUCUUACGUUAAAUCGAAGGCAGGCCGGCUGCCGAUCAAUGAGCUGCAAGCCCUGCUCGCGACCCAACUUGAACCUACGGCCUUGGAUAUCAUGACAGAGGUUGACAACAUUGGCCAGGACUACUUGUCAUCGCUGACAGCCGAUGAGAGCUCUACCCCGUCAAACCAAUGUCUCUAUGCCGCGAUUUUGGCGUACAAGCGUGCCAUACAGGUUUCACUGCGGGACAGCCAUGCCCAAGCUGUAGCUUGGUACAACCUUGGUUGGGCAGAAUAUAGAGCUUACCGGUGUGUGGACGCAACCUCGACCGUGGAGAGUAAAAAGCAGUCGCGCAGAUUCCUCAAGGCGGCCAUGCGCUGUUUCAAGCGGGCCAUUGAACUCGAAGCCGGAAACUCCGAGUUCUGGAACGCACUUGGAGUUGUGACUACGAGUAUGAGCCCGAAGGUCGCACAGCAUGCAUUCGUGCGGAGUCUUCACCUCAAUGACCGAAGCGCGCAGGUUUGGACGAAUCUGGGAACGCUCUAUCUCAUUCAUAAUGACAUCCAGCUUGCCAACGAGGCCUUCACCCGGGCGCAGUCAACCGACCCCGACUACUCGCAGGCUUGGGUUGGCCAAGGCCUUCUGGCCCUUUUGUUCGGAGAUCCCCAGGAAGCCAGGGGCCUUUUCGAGCAUGCUUUUGAUAUCUCCAAAUCCUCGUCAAGCUUGUCCAAGAAGCAGUAUAGCAUGAGCUUGUUCGACCACCUCCUGUCCGAUUCGUCACUGUCGAACGAGAUAUCGCAGCUCAUCCAGCCCUUCUUUGCACUGCACCAGCUGUCCAGCCAAGACCCAUUCGACCUGCCAUUUGUCCAUCUUUCUUCGCUUCUGGCCGAAAGAAUUGGCGAGUAUGCCGACGCCGAAUCCAGUUUGCGGACAGUCUGCUCGGGCAUGGAGGCGGAAUACGAAGUGACCGAAUCCACGUCCUCGCUUUCCCGGUUUGCACAGGCGAAUGCGGACAUCGCGCGUGUUCUGCUGGCACGCCAUGAGUUUGAAGAAGCGGCGGAGAAGGCAGAAACGGCGCUCAUGCUGUCCGGGGAAGAGGAUGCGGAGAAGUUCGACCCCGAGACGAACCGGAAACUGCGCCUGUCCGCCCAUCUGACAGCCGGCCUGGCGCACUACUACUUGAAGUCGAUGGACAGCGCCAUUGACAUGUUCCGUGAUGCGCUUCAGGAAGCCGACAACGCACCGGAAGUGGUGUGCCUUCUUGCACAGGUGCUGUGGGCCAAGGGCGGAGAGGAGGAGCGCGCUGUGGCUCGCCAGCAACUCUUCGAUUGUGUCGAGGAACAUCCGGAUCAUAUCGGUGCCGUCACGCUCCUGGGGGCUGUUGCCCUCCUGGAUGAUGACAAGGACGCCAUUGAGGCGGUGGAGUCUGAUCUUCGGAACAUGAUCACGAGAGAUGACAUCGAGAUCCACGAGCGGGGCAAGCUGAUCAAGCUCUCGACCGCCGUGUCGACCUUGGGAUACUCGGACAACUCUGGGGCCCCCGAGGAAAUCCGACGAGUCGGAGAGGCCACGGCAGCGGUGAUGAGGGCGCCGUACGAAGCCCAGGGCUGGGUGGAAUUGUCGGCCGCCACACAGGAGCUGUACCCUGCCGAGAUGGCCACCAAGAGGGCGCUGAAGAGCAUUCCUCCCCGCAGCCGCUUGGACGCCGCCGAUCUCUCCGCGGCAUACUCGCAGACCGGAAAGGCCAGCGACGCCCUGCGGUCGAUCAUGGUUGCGCCGUGGAAGCAGAGCGGGUGGGAGGGGUUGAGCCACGCGGUCUCGACGACCAGCUAGGCCGUGUGCUGCGCAUGCAUACAUACAUACAUAGCUGUCUGUUUCAUAUAGCCAAACUAGACAGAACAUAUUAGAAAGCAACGAAUCACGAAGACGUUGAACAUACCAUACCAUACCAUCACCAUCCUCAUCUCCCUACUGCCCAUUCUGCCCAUUCGGCCCCGCCGUAAUCCUAGCCAACAACUUGGCCUUCCUCGCCUCCCUCCACGCCUGAUCCAACGCCUCAAUCUUCCCCCCAAGCAGCGUCACACACUCCGGCGUGAGCAGCACCAUCCCCCUCGCGACCGUCACAUUCCGCAACACCAUCUUCGCCCCAAU